AUGGCUACACCAUCCACUUCCGACACACCAGCGGCAGCUACCGCACCCCGCAAAUAUAACCUCCGCAACCCUCUUCCCCUCUCUGCCUCUCAAGAACAAGAAGUCAAGUCAUUCUACUACAAGCGCGUGCGUAGCCACUGUGCCCCCGAGAUUAAGGCCUUCGCUGAAUGCGCAGUCAACCGAACUGUCACUGCAACAUGGGUUUGCCGCACACAGCGCCUGGCUAUGAAUUCGUGUAUGGUUGCUCAUGCGAAUCCAGAAGAAGAAGAUCGCGCACGUGAGGAUUGGUUCGCAACACAUGAAGAGCGACGUCGUCAAAAGGAAGAAGAACUUGUGCGUGUGGAGAAACGACGUGCAGAGGUAAUUCGCAUGAUGCGUGAAGAUGAGGCUCGAAACCGAGAGAAAGCUCAAGGA